AUGGUGAAGUCGGAUGUACGAAGGGAUUACUAUUCGGACCUCGGGCUCCAGCCCAGCUGCGAGGCCGAAGAUGUGAAGAAGCAAUUUCGGAAGCUAGCGCUCAAAUUCCACCCAGACCGCAAUCCCGGACGAGAAGCGGAAUUCAACGCUAAAUUCCAAGCUAUCCAAGCCGCAAACGAGAUUCUCAGUGACCCCCAGCAACGGCUAAAAUACGAUACCGAUCGUUUGCGCGCCGGCUACGGCAAGUUCUACGGACCUCCACCCACAAAGGCAAACACGCAACGCAAAACACAACCGUCUGCAUGGACACGCCAAACGGCAACCCCCUCGGGCCCUCCGCCAUCAGAGUGGGCGCAUCCGAAACAACAGAGCGGACCGUCAGCCGGGGCUCGGCGAUACGCUUCGCAUGCGCGUGCUGGUCCACAGCAAUGGCAGAAACCACAGGACGAGGGUCAGACAAGGGCUGAUGCCUUCCGCGGCUUUUCGAAUAUGAGAAAUUCUCAGGGGUGGCAAGGAUUUGACCCCGCUACAGGUCACUCUGCUGGAGCAGCUCCAGGUCCUGGUGCCCAGCGUCAGCCAUUUGGCAAUUACCGGCCGAAGUCUGCAUUUGAGACUUUCCAGAAAGCAUAUGCUAAGACAGAUGCUCCGAAGAAGAAGUAUGGCUUUGCGCCAGGUGCUGCUGGAGGAGAUGAGCCUAUGGCUCGUAACACUUCUGCUUAUAGCAGCAAUUCUCGAACCGAACGACCUAAUACCCAAUACUUUGAGUCUGCUGUGCCACCCACCGCCAAGAAACCAGCUACUCCUGAACCGCCUCAGCACCCAUUUAGUCCCGAGUUUGAACGGACUAGCCGAGGCUACGCUCAAACUGGGAAAGGCGAAAGGACUUUCGUUUCAAGUACUCCGCUAGGACGGUCGGAAAGCGUCCGUACACCUUCAGGAUCGUACCAAACAAAUUCACGCAAACCAACGACGCCUACCUCCGGUCGAUCUGGGAGACACAGAAGUGUCAGCCCUAAACCCAGCAAACCCGCCAACAACUAUGAUUCCACCAGUGCCAGUGAGUCGGAAGAUGAUGAAGACAGCGAAGACCUACCCCGGUCAAAUGGACCAAAACCCAGAGCGGUGCCCAAGAGCAGGCUUCGAUCGAACCAAAAGUUUUCCGAUAUGUAUCGCCAGGAACGACCAGGCCCUGGAACCGAGCAACUCAAAGACGCUGAUCCCCUUCAUGGACAUCAAUAUGCUAAUUGGAUUACCCCGAAAGGACACACCUCGGAUAGUGCAGCUUUUCCCAAAGGAUCGAACCGGACAGAUAAACAAUACCAGCCUGCGGGUUCCCCCUCCGCGACCAAGAAUGACCCGCCAACACAAAAGGAGCGUCCUCAGUCUACAGCAUUCGGGCGUAGUAGCACACAUGACUUGCACAAGAAGUUCUCUGCUGAAGACUGGCGGGAACAUUUGGGUCAAUUUGAUUUAUUCGGCUCGUCUUCGACAAGCACGAGCAAAGAAUCCCUGCCAAAAUCGCCAAAUGCGAACAAUCGGGGACGUACAAACAACCGACGCGGAACAACAACCUCAGCCGGGUCGCCUUUGCCAAAUCCCUUUGGUCCCACGCCUUUCCACCAACCUCCACCUCAACAGCAACCUACUCCCUUUGCCCAGGCAAAGUUCUCCGCGGACUCAUGGGCUGAGCAGUUAAGAAAUAUGAAUUGGGCCCCAGCGGCCGAGCAAGCACGGCAAGCAAAUGUCCCUCAGUCUCGGAGCCCUAAGAAACAACCUCGUGCAACAAAGUUGCGCAGUACUCCACAGCCAGCGAAUGUGGCAACCGAGGCAGACGAGGCCAAGAAUACGAUCAAUGGCGAGAGGACCACCCAACCGAAUGGCACAACUGCACCAGAUGUCGAAGCAAUGGAUUUAGAUGACGACCUGCCUACUCCACCUGAGGUCCCGCCUGUUCCUGGGAAGGCGCCUGUUGACGGAUCAAAUGGUCCAAGCUCUGCUAAUACAAGCUAUCCCGAUCUGGCUUCUCAUGCACCAGAUGUACCUCCGGUCAAAAAGGUCAAAACACCUACAAAGGCGCAAAGCUCAGCAGCAAAUGCAGACGCCCGUGCUCCUCUCUUCAACCUCGACAAUCUCCGCAACACCGUUCCCUUCUCCAGCACAACUGGCGGAGGUAUCGAGAACCUCGAAGACGUUCACGCAACCCUUCCUUUCGAGUCACAAGCCAAGCAACACACCACCACCAAGCGCGAUAUCAAACCCCGAGUUCUCCAACUUCCAAACCCACCCAAGCGACCAAAGGUCCCCGAACUCACAACCCUCACUCCAACCUCAACACAACGCGUUCUGCCCCGCGACAAAUGGCAAUAUUACGUGUCCGCAAUGGGUACCUACAUGCACGAGUGGAAUGCCUUCAACCGCCGUAUGCUCAAGCACUUUAACGCACGCCAAGAAGCGAACGAAACAGGCCUGGCUCCAGGUUGGAUCAGUGCCGUCGGCGACACUUCACGUCUUAAUACCAACGAUACAGAUGAUGACGAGAUCAAUGGUGUAAAUGGAAAGACCAAGAAUCGCAAUGAAUAUGAUGACCUUGAUGACUUCCUUAUCCCGGGUUCCUCGAAGGGUGGCUUUAGUGCUUAUCUGAGAGGAGUUGAGGAAGAUAUCCAGGUGCGGAAGCACUGGGAUGUGGCUUGUGAGUUGCAUCGUGAGUGUAUACUUGAUCUUGGGCGAUUGAGGGAGUGGAUUCGGAAUGGCGGGAAGGUUGUCUAG